CCAGUAUUAAACCAUUAGAUCGCUGGACGAGCACAAUUUGACAGGAGGACAUCGAGCACUUCAUAUUUUCAUUAUCUACUUGUAUUAGUGAGUUCCCCUGGCAAUGAAGUACACCAUACCGUCAGUGGACGGUGGAGCCCGCGUAGGAAGAAUAGUACUUGGGGUUGGAGUUCCGAGCUGUUAACGCUCGCUAGCCUGCUAGCUGUCGACGCUAACAUGGCCAACACGGAGAACGGCCGUCGUCCCGUGGACACAAGGAGCAUCCGGACCAUCAGCAGCAGCCAAAUCGACGACGAAAGUUCACUGGGUUCCGACUCCGAGAUCAACGGCUUCACCACUGACAAGCAAGCCGACAAAUAUGGAUUUAUUGGCGGAGCGCAGCAGUACACGGAGGCGUCAGCUCAGGAUGUGCCUACAGCAGUGCUCAGGCAAAGGGAGGUGAAGUGGUUGGAUAUGCUCAAUCACUGGGACAAGUGGAUGAUCAAGAGGUUCAAUAAGGUGAGGCUGCGAUGCCAGAAAGGAAUCCCUCCUUCGUUGCGAGGCCGUGCGUGGCUCUACCUCUCAGGGGGGAAGGGCAAGAAAGAGCAAAACCAAGGAAAGUUUCAGGAGUUGGAUAGCCAGCCAGGUGACCCCAAAUGGAGCGAUGUGAUUGAAAAAGACCUCCAUCGACAGUUUCCAUUCCACGAGAUGUUUGUGUCGCGGGGAGGACACGGGCAGAAGGAUCUCUUCCGUGUUCUGAAGGCCUACACACUGUACAGACCAGACGAGGGAUACUGCCAGGCGCAGGCUCCCAUAGCUGCUGUGUUACUCAUGCACAUGCCUGCUGAGGAUGCCUUCUGGGGGCUGGUGCAAAUUUGUGAGAAGUAUCUUCCUGGCUACUACAGCCCAGGCUUGGAAGCUAUACAGUUAGAUGGAGAGAUCCUUUUUGCUCUGCUGCGACGCGUCUGUCCUCUGGCUUUCCGCCAUUUGGAGAAGCACAAGAUCGACCCCAUCCUCUACAUGACUGAAUGGUUUAUGUGUGCCUUCUCCCGAACGCUGCCGUGGGCCUCUGUGUUGCGCGUCUGGGACAUGUUCCUCUGUGACGGUGUGAAAAUAAUCUUCAGAGUAGGCUUGGUGCUCCUGAAGUGCAUGCUGGGUAGUCGUGAGAAGUUGAAGGCCUGCCAGGGCCAGUAUGAAACCAUGGAGCUUCUCCGAGCAGUGGAGCCACGAUACAUGCAGGAGGGUUUCCUCGUCCGAGAGAUCCUGGAAGUGCCAAUUACGGCGCGAGACGUGGAAAGGGAACAUCACACCCAGCUGAAGCGCUGGCGGAAGAACCGCGGCGAGCUCAAUUUCAAAUCUCCUCCGAGGAUGCACGGCGCCCGACUCAUCAUGUUGGCCGACCCCCCGAGGCACCAGGACCUCCAGCAGCUCCCCACCAUUUUGCUGGAGGAGGCAGAGUUCGGCCCACUGCUGAGGAAGGACAAGGAGCAGAAGAGCAAAAAGAAAACCCUGAAGAAGUCGCAGCUCCCUGAGGAGAUUCAAAACCCUUACCCUCUUCCCAACGCUACGCCGCCCCCUCCGUCUUAUCCGCCAGCCCCGCCUCCAGUGCUAAGCAAGGCCUCGGAGGCUGUGCUACAGACUCAAACCGACCCACUUCGCCAGGACCGCGUGCCCCCUGCCGAGCUCCCCCCGGCCAAAGAGACUCCCCUACAGCGAUCCACACACAGCCUCAGCAGCACAGACCAGGAUACGUACCUGUAAUUAGGACGCACCAGUAACCAGCAACCAGACGUGGAUGAGCUUGUUGGACUGUGACUUCACCUUCAGACACCAUUUUGGCCUCCGAUGGUGUACAACUGCCUUCAUGCACUCUCCUCCAAACAUCACGGCGCGUUUCCUGGGAAAACGUCGUCCCUUUUGAUGUGUGGAAACAAAAACUGCCAAAGUUCAUGUGUGUUUUCUUUGUUGUUCACUCAGAUUCAACACUAUAGUGAUAUUUCUGAUGCAAUCCAUUCAAAAUCAUCAAUAGAGAUAUUUAGUUUUUCUUUUUAAAUACUUCGUUUUCUCUUUUGGAGUGGGCAGCCCUUUCUAUCAGGCAGUUAGCCAGCAGCUGGCUAACUGCCUGAUUCCCUGUUUGGGAAGCUAAUCACCGCAAGGUCUGUUGGGAGACUUUUUUUUUUUUUUUUUAAGAGUUCUUUUUGUUUUCAACAUGCACAUUGAACACUUAAGCUUUUUUUAUAGUCUUACAUUUACAUUCAAAUCUGUCCUAACAUUGUACUUAGGAUCUUUUUCUCAGUUAUUUAUUUUCUACACUUUGUCUCAAAAGCCACGCCAGUGCACAAAUUCUUGUUUCUUUUUUUAUUUUAUUUUAUUUUAUUUUUAGAUGUGGAUUACUUAGGGGCGCAGUGACUGUAGGUUUUUUGCAGCAGAAAUUGACUUGUCUUUUGGCAGCGGCCACAAGAACACCGCACCAACAUUCCUGUCGUCUCAAGUGCUAAUCAGCCUUAACGUACUUGUCUACCAAACGCUAAUCAGUAUAACUAAUGACUUUGUGCAUGUGCUUUCUAUCAAAACUUGCCAAUUGCAUAAUGGUGCUGACCUUCCAUUUGGGAUUGUUUGGAUAUUCCCACCUGUUACAUGUUUCCAUAGUAGUAGUCACUUCUAUGAGGUGCCUCCUUUUUUUAACUUGUCAUGAAUUGUACAGAUCGGGCACAAUGUAUUAUCAUGAAAUAUUUGGAUGCGUAAUGCAUUCGUAGCAAUCGGAAAUGUCAUUUCUACGUUUUCACUAUGUCCCCAUACCGUGUAUUUUCUACUUUGUAUCAACUUUGCAACACUAGAGGAAAAACCUGACUGUCAGCAAAUUGGGGGGAAAAAAACCUGUGCUAUAAAUAUACUUAAAUGUAAAAUUUCGGAAUAUUUGAAUAUACGUUCUUAGGUGGGUUAUGAAAGAUAUGUUUAAUCAGAACCAAUAGGCACUUUGCAACAUAUUAAUGUUGUCAAAUAAAAUGUUUUCGAUUUUGUUGCAUUUGAAAACAUCCGCAGUCGAGUUUUUUUUCUUUUCAAACUGGCUGGAAUAGCUCCUUUUCACGAUGUGCCAAAUGUCUUCAUUUCACCAGUAGAUGGCGCAGCAUAGUCAUCACCGAAACGAAGCCUAACUUGUGCAGAACGUGGCCCCCUCGGUGGGCCUAAUCGUGCCAGCAUAUAAUAGCUCAGUUCUACCUGCAAUCUUGGACCAGCUAAUAAAAAGAACACGGUUUACACACUUUCAACUUUUGAAAGAGAUGAAAAAUGUAUAAAUAUGAUGAUCACACCUUUACGCUUACAGCCAGGUUGCAUGAAGGAGCACUUCAUCCAACGAUAAUGCAGAGAAAUCAAAAUGUAAAAGCAUAUCUCUGAAGAGCCAA